AUGGCGACCGCACAAGAUAAACCCCGACAUCCUUUGCUUCAGAAGCCACUUUAUGUCUACUCCCUUCCCGCGCCUAUCCUCGAUACCCUCACCCUCGCCGAUGGAUCCGCAACUCCCAUUGCCGCCCCGACCAGCGAGGAACCGGAGGCACCCACAGACGACAACGGCAAGGCUUGCGCAUUAUGUCGAGUCGAGUCAUUUGCUAUCGUGCAGGAUCGAAGAGCGCAUUACAAGAGUAUGCUGCACACGUUCAACGUGAAGAGAUCUGUUGCAGGGGAGAAGACUGUGGAGGGGGAGGAGUUUGAGAAGAUGCUCGAAAAUCUGAAUGAAUCUCUCUCUGGAUCGGAGAGCUCCGGCAGCGAGGAUGAGGAAGAAUCGGCCAUGGAUGAGAUUGCGCAGCUGCUACGGAAGCAUGCGACCGUAGCGCCCUUGGAGAGCUUGGAGGACAGGAGCAUGAAGCAGAACAAAUCGCCGUUGAUGUGGCUAUCCUCUUCGGCGCUCGACGCAGAUGCCCGACUAGGAAUCUACCGUGCUCUUCUCACCCAGGACGAACUCGACGCACCCCUUGACUCUAUCCGCAAGAAGCAAAUACCCACACCCGCAGUCCAGUACAGUGCGCGUUCCGUUGCAAUGAUCAUGAUCGGCGGUGGCCACUUCGCCGCCAUGAUCGUCUCCUGCGCCCCCAAGCAAGGUGGUGAAGUCGCCGUCCUGGCACACAAAACCUUCCACCGUUACACCACCCGCAGAAAACAGGGAGGCGCUCAAUCCGCCAAUGACGCCGCAAAAGGUGCAGCUCAUUCGGCUGGUGCCUCAAUUCGUAGGUACAAUGAAGCCGCUUUACGACAAGAUAUCCGGGAUCUAUUGGCUAGUUGGAAGGGGAUGAUGGAUAAAUGUGAGCUCGUGUUCAUCAGGGCCACGGGUACGGAGAACAGGAGGGCGCUCUUCGGGUAUGAUGAGGCCGUGGUCAAGGCGAAUGACCCGAGGAUAAGGGGCUUUCCGUUCACGACGAGGAGACCGACGCAGAGUGAGUUGAUUAGGUGUUUUCAGGAAUUGACGAGGGUGAAGGUGUCGACCCAUGUCGAGAAGGAAGUACAAAAGCCUGCGAAAGACCUUUCAAAGAAGACAACGGCGAAAGCGGCUGUUGGUGGACCACCGAAGGCCAGUGCGGAGGAGACGAAGCUCCUGGAGCACACUGGCGAAAUAACAUCGUUGAUCAAACGGUCGAAGGCAUCAGCAUUGCUUGCAUACCUAAAGCAGCACUCGCUAUCACCGGACUUCAAAUUGCAUCCAGCAAACCAUCACACGCCCAAUAUAUUGCAUUUCGCCUCAGCAUCGUCCUCGCCAGCGACCGUCACAGCAUUACUGAAAGAAGGAGCAGAUCCAACUAUUGAGAACACGACAAGCAAAACCGCCUUUGAAAUUGCCUGCUCCAGGGAAGUCCGCGAUGCAUUCCGAAUCACCCGCGGUGAACUCGGCGAGCAGCGUUGGGACUGGUCCGCUGCCCGCAUUCCCCCUGCAAUCUCCAAGGCCGACGCAGAGAAGCGAAUCGCACGAGAACGUGAGCUGAAGGAACGAGAAGACCGCGCUGCGCGAGAAGCGAACUUGAAACAACUUGAGGAGGACGAGAGAACGAAGAGGAUGGAGCAGCGGGUGAAGAAGGUGGGGGUAGGGAAGACGUUGGGGGUCAAGACGAGUCUUAGUGAAAGGGAGCAGGGGACACAGGGGUUGAGUGAGGAGAUGAAGAAGAAGAUUGAGAGGGAGAGACGGGCUGCGGCGGCGGAAGCGAGGAUAAAGGCUAUGCAGCAGGGAUGA